AUGGAGGGGACCAGAUUCCGCCAACCAUUGCCGCUAAGACCCCUUCAUUCAAAAGCUGCGCAAACAACACUGCAAUCGUCUCCGAAGUUGCAAGCUACUAACGACGACCAACAAACCUCAGCAAACCAGAAAGCCACCGAAGAUAUCACCGCUGCUGCUACUGAACACACCACCCCCAUUGUUGCGACUAAACCUAUUGUAGCGACCCAAAUCAUAGACGCGACUGAAACCCUUCAACCGGUUUCUGUAGUUGCUGCUAUUCCAAUGAUUGAAUCUGGGAAAUCAACUUCGCUUCAAUCUUCUCCGAUGGCUGCUACAUCGUCAAUGGUGGAGGGCUGGCGAGAAACUCCAAUGACAGCCGGCGAACUAGAAAUCCCAACGAUUUCGCAAACUCUAAAACUGAAUUUCGUUGAUGUGCAAUCCUAUGUUACCCAGACUCGACUGUUUAGGCCUCUGUACCUGUGUCGACACGAGUCGACACCGACACGGAAUCCCCCUGAGAAGCAAAUCUUUGCUGAAGUCGCUUCUGGUUUGCGGCCAUCUGCUGAUGCUGUUCCGCCACCUCUGGAAGAUCACAAAACCAUCAUUGCCGGCGUUACAGCCCAAAUUGAAUCCUCCCAAAGAGAAGACACUCCACUGCCGGCAAUGGAAGAGCGUCAGCAGCCACCGGCGAUGGAGGAAACUCAGGGAAUUCCGCACAACCCUGCUAAUUCGCAUCUGAGCUGCGUGUCAACUGCGCCCGCUGCUGUUGCGGCUGUUGCACCUAUUGCGACAUGA